AUGCACGAAGCAAAGCACAGCUUCCCGGGAAUGCUAGAGAGCCUUGAUUGCAUGCAUUCGCCGUGGAAGAAUUGUCCAACGGCAUGGCAAGGCGCAUACACUCGCGGCGAUCAGGGAAAACGGACCAUCAUCCUCGAAGCCGUCGCAUUGCAAGAUCUAUGGAUCUGGCAUGCUUUUUUUGGGACUCCUGGUUCACAACGUGCUCAACAACUCGACGUUGUUCAACGAUCGGCUGCAAGGAAUGGGAGUGUCGAGUCCUACACACCGACGGAUCCGAAGGGGAAGAGGUUCAAAGUGAUGCAGGAAGCGGCUCGCAAGGAUAUUGAACGAGCCUUCGGCGUCCUUCAAGCUCGUUGGGCAAUCGUCAAAGGCUCAUCGCGUCUUUCGAGCAAGGAGAAGAUGAGCAACAUCAUGUUCACGUGCAUCAUUUUGCACAACAUGAUCAUCGAAGAUGAAAGCGAGCACGCAACACAGUGGGAAGAAGACGCCGACGAAGCUUCAAGUAGCGCCGCAUCUCAACCUCGUGCCGGUGCUCCGCCGGAUUUUCGUGUGAUAAAAGGCAGAAACUAA